AACUCAGUUGCUAUUGACGGGUUGAGAACACGUUCCUUCAAUUAAUUUCUCCCCCUCCCCCAGAAUUCUUGGGGUUUGGUCGAAUUAUCCACUCCCUCCCUUUACCCUCAUUCCCACUCCACUUCAAAAUCUACCUGUCUCGAUCGUUGCCACUUGAGCUCCGUCUCCCCCGACUCCCCUGGUCGAUCGCUGUCUGGUUGCGAGAUAUCUUGGGUGUCCAUGCCCGCAAUCACCACAUUCUCUGUCUUAAUUCUCUAGACUGAUUACGCACUUCAGACCGCUUGUCGCACUCGCGCCAUGCGUAUCUCUAGUGGUGCCGCAGUGGCCCUCGGCUUUCUGUGUGCCUCUGCUUCGGCCUCUCUCCAUCCUCACCGAUCCUACGAGACCCGCGAUUAUUUCGCCUUGCACCUCGACGAGUCCGCCUCCCCAGCCGAUAUAGCACAGCGACUUGGGGCGCGCCAUGAAGGCCCCGUCGGACAACUACCGCAACAUCAUACAUUCUCCAUACCGAAAGAGAGUAGCGACGAGGUCAAUACGUUAUUGGAUCAGUUGCGGCAUCGGAGGAGCUUGCGGCGACACUCCGGAGCUUCCACCGCCGGACUUCCAGCCUUGGAUAGGAGAGAGGAGGGGCUGGACGGUAUUCUCUGGUCCGAGAAACUAGCCCCGAAGAAGAGAUUCCAGAAACGAAUCCCCCAGCCAGUGAACGUCGAUCGGUUGGCCGCUGCUCCCAAAGAGGACCCGGUAGCCGUGCAGGCUCAACAACAAAUCACCGCCUCCCUUGGGAUCGUAGAUCCUAUUUUUAACGGUCAAUGGCAUCUUUACAACACUAUCCAGCUGGGGAAUGACCUGAAUGUAACUGGGCUUUGGCUGGAGGGCAUUACCGGAGAAGGAGUGACCACUGCAGUGGUAGAUGAUGGCUUAGAUAUGUACAGCAACGAUCUGAAACCCAACUACUUUGCCGAGGGGUCAUACGACUACAAUGACAAAGGUCCUGAACCGAGGCCCCGUCUCAGCGAUGACCACCAUGGCACCAGAUGUGCGGGUGAAAUCGCUGCGGCAAGAAACGAUGUUUGUGGUGUGGGUGUGGCGUAUGACAGUCGCAUCGCGGGCAUUCGGAUCUUGUCCGAACCCAUCGAUGAUGCCGACGAGGCAGCAGCUAUCAAUUACGCCUAUCAAGAAAAUGAUAUUUACUCCUGCUCAUGGGGCCCAUUCGACGACGGCGCCACUAUGGAGGCGCCGGGAGUUUUGAUCAAGCGCGCCAUGGUCAACGGGAUCCAAAAUGGUCGAGAUGGAAAGGGUUCGAUCUUUGUCUUUGCGGCAGGCAAUGGGGCGAACUAUGAUGACAACUGCAACUUUGACGGUUAUACAAACAGCAUCUACAGCAUCACCGUGGGUGCGAUUGAUCGCGAGAACAAACACCCCAGCUACUCCGAGUCUUGCUCCGCCCAGCUGGUUGUCGCAUACAGCAGUGGCUCGAGUGAUGCAAUCCACACCACUGAUGUGGGAACGGACAAGUGCUAUUCGUCGCAUGGUGGUACCUCCGCGGCUGGUCCACUAGCUGCAGGUACCAUCGCUCUCGCUCUCAGCGUGAGGCCCGAGCUCACUUGGCGCGACGCGCAAUACCUUAUGGUAGAGUCAGCAGUACCCGUCCACGAGAACGAUGGUAGCUGGCAAAAUACGAAGAAUGGCAGGAAAUUCAGUCAUGAUUGGGGCUUUGGCAGGGUCGACGCCUACACCAUGGUGCAGAAAGCGAAGACUUGGGAUCUUGUUAAACCCCAGGCAUGGUUUCACUCCCCGUGGCUGCGAGUACAUCAUGAGGUUCCCCAGGGCGAUCAGGGUCUGGCCAGCUCGUACGAGGUGACUCGAGCAAUGAUGGACGAAGCCAACCUCGAACGUCUCGAGCAUGUGACUGUGACAAUGAACGUCAACCACACGCGCCGUGGGGAUUUGAGCGUCGAAUUGCGCAGCCCGGAAGGAUUGGUCAGCCAUCUUAGCACAGCCAGAGAACCCGAUAAUGAAAGUGAGGGCUACGUCGACUGGACUUUCAUGAGUGUCGCGCACUGGGGUGAGUCCGGUGUGGGCAAAUGGACCGUGAUUGUCAAGGAUACGAAAGUCAAUGAGCACAGUGGGUUCUUCGUGGACUGGCGUCUCAACCUUUGGGGAGAGUCUAUCGAUGGUACCAAGCAACCCUUGCACCCCAUGCCCACGGAACACGAUGACGAUCACGAGUAUGAGGACACUCAUGUGGCUACGACCAGCAUUGACCCUGGCCCGGCCAAGACGCAACCCCCCACUCAACCUACCGAUGUUGUUGAUCGUCCGGUAAAUGUCAAGCCCACCACAACGGCGGAGCCGACUCCUAUCUCGGAUGAAGUGGUCUCCCCUACAGAGACUGGCGUCGCUCCAGCGCCCACAGCAGCUUCGGACAGCUUCUUGCCAUCCUUCUUCCCCACCUUUGGCGCAUCGAAGCGAACUCAAGCCUGGAUCUAUGCCGCGAUUGGUUCGAUCAUCGUUUUCUGCAUUGGCCUUGGCGUCUACUUCCAUGUUCAGCGUCGCAAACGCCUCCGCAACGACAACCGGGACGACUACGACUUUGAGAUGGUCGAGGACGAGGAUGAGCUGCAAGCGAUGAACGGACGGUCGGUACGCACUCGUCGCCGCGGCGGAGAGUUGUACAAUGCUUUUGCAGGAGAGAGCGACGAAGAAGAGCCUCUCUUUAGCGACGAAGAUGAUGAACCGUACAGGGAUCGGGGUAUUAGUGAAGAGCAUGACCGGGACGGUGCCAAUGGAGUAGGGCACCGUCAGAGAACAGGGGACGAAUAGACAUGCUGGUCAUUGGGUUGUCACUUACUCUCAUGUUGCUUGAUCUAUGAAACGACGAGCAUUAGGAUUCGCUUUUCUUUUCUUUUUAUUUGCUGGAAACGUGUCUUCUGGAUAUGUGCAUGAAGGAGUCAAGCUGUGUAUAUAGCAGAGAUGGCUAGAAACUCGUAAUCUGCAUAUGAGAUGGGGAAGAUUG